CAAUCAGAUUCCUCGGCCUACCCUCCAUUGAAAAAAGAGGCUCGAGUCGAGACUGAAAACGUUGUCGGUGCAGUGUGAUUGUUUACACAUAGGCAUUUCCUGCAAUAUUAUCAAUUUUUGAGUAUACUAAAUGGCCUCGACUUUGCUGUCACCCAUGGUGGAUUAUUAUAAUGACGAGGAAGAGCUAGACAGUGUGGAUGAAGAUGAAGAUCGCAGUUUCAGAGGCAGAGACUCGGAAGAAGACACAGAAGAUGCUAGUGAAACAGAUCUGGCAAAACAUGAUGAGGAUGACUACGUUGAAAUCAAAGAACAGAUGUAUCAAGACAAAUUGGCAUCCCUAAAAAGACAGCUACAACAACUGCAAGAAGGCACGUUGCAGGAGUACCAGAAGAGAAUGAAGAAGCUUGAUCAGCAGUAUAAAGAGAGACUUCGUAAUGCUGACCUCUUUCUACAACUCGAGACAGAGCAGGUGGAGAGGAACUACAUCAAAGAGAAAAAAGCAGCGGUGAAAGAAUUUGACGACAAGAAAGUGGAACUGAAGGAAAAUCUUAUUGCAGAGCUGGAGGAGAAGAAGAAGAUGAUCGAGAACGAGAAAUUAACGAUGGAGCUGACAGGAGAUUCCAUGGAGAUGAAACCUAUCAUGACCCGGAAGCUCCGGAGACGACCCAAUGACCCGGUGCCUAUUCCAGACAAGCGGAGAAAGCCUGCACCUGCUCAGUUAAACUAUUUACUCACUGAUGAACAGAUCAUGGAGGAUCUAAGAACAUUAAAUAAGCUUAAAUCUCCGAAAAGACCAGGUAUGGACGUUUUGUCUUUUAGAGCAUCCCCGUCUUCUCCAGAGCACCUCCCGUCGACUCCAGUGGACACCCCGUCCCAGCGUUAUGAGGCACGGAUAGAGGAGGGGAAACUCUAUUAUGACAAGAGAUGGUACCAUAAAAGUCAAGCAAUCUAUCUGGAGUCCAAGGAGAACACCAAGAUCAGCUGUGUCAUCAGCUCUGUGGGGACCAAUGAGAUCUGGGUGAGAAAGACAAGUGACAGUACGAAGAUGAGGAUCUAUUUAGGGCAGCUGCAACGAGGGGCCUUCAUCAUUAGACGCCGAUCCGCGGCAUAGACAUCACUCUUCCUCAUCUCUUUCCUGUAUUUUUUUUUUUUUUUUUUUUUUUUUU